CUAUAAGAAUGGGUUGCCUCCAACCGGAACCAAGCCACCACCAACAUUCUCACUCAUUUUCUUUGUGUUACUAAAACAAUGCGCUCCUCCGCCGCUAUGCCUCUCAUCAUCGUCUUGCUCGUCGCCCUCUACUCCAUUGCAUCUCCCAAUGUAGCAGCCGCCGGAGAAAACCCAUUUACGCCAAAGGGUUACGCAAUGCGUUACUGGACGAACCAGAUCUCCAACGACUUGCCCCCGCCGGAGUUCCUCUUCAACAAAGCGUCGCCGCUGACCGCCGCCCAAUGCGCCGCCUUCUCGAAGCUCGCAGAUCAGAGCUCGCUUUCGUCGCAUCUCCCCGAGUUCUGCUCGAAGGCCAACCUCCUCUGUUUCCCCGACAGAGCCAACUUCAAUAGCUACUCCACGGAGGAUCGCGUCUCAAACAUAAUCUAUGCCACUGAGGAGAACGUGGUUGCAUCAAGUGGCAAAAAGGUAAAUAAACGGGUGGUUGAGGCAGGGAUUGAGUCCAUGUUGAAGGCUGGUGUCAUCAUGCCUAUGCCAGACCUCCGCGAUAAAAUGCCCAAAAGGUCCUUUUUACCCCGCGCCAUUGUCUCCAAACUGCCCUUCUCCACCUCCAAGCUGGCAGACCUAAGGACGGUCUUCCACGCUGUCAACGACUCGGGCAGCAUGGCCAAAAUGCUGUCCGAUUCGCUGGAGGAGUGCGAGCGCGCCCCCAGCCCCGGCGAGACGAAGGGGUGCGUGGCCUCGAUCGAGGACAUGGUCGACUUCGCCACGUCGGUGCUGGGUCCGAACGUCGCGGCGCGGGCGACGGAGAGCGCCCGGGGGUAUAAUGGGGAGAUCAAGAUUGGAAAAGUCAAAGCGGUCAACGGAGGGAGAGUGACGAAAUCGGUGUCGUGUCACCAGAGCUUGUUUCCCUACAUGCUUUACUACUGCCACUCCGUCCCAAAAGUCCGGGUCUACGAAGUGGAUAUCCUGGAUUCGAAAUCUGAGUCGAGGAUCAACCGCGGCGUCGCCAUCUGCCACGUCGACACGUCCUCGUGGAGCCCGGGCCAUGGAGCGUUCAUCUCGUUGGGGUCGGGCCCCGGGAAGAUAGAGGUGUGCCACUGGGUGUACGAGAACGAUUUGACUUGGGCAAUCGCGGAUUGAUCCGUGUUUGAGUUUGGAUUCGGGUUAGAGUUGGACCAGUUAUGUUAUGGAAAGGGUGAACCACUGGUUCGACCAUGUUAUAAUUGAACCCAUUCUAUGUUAAGCCUAAGUUAUUUAUUUA